AUGCAGUCAUAUGUAAUCGUUGUCUCAGUCGUUGCUGGCGUAUCGGUGUUCGCUGUUCUUGUAUAUUUGGUUUUGAAGAUCUACAAGAAAAGGGAGGAAGGUGGAACGGACGCGGAAACAAAAGGACUUUGUCCUCCCAGUAUAAUCGUCACAUCGUCUAGUCCAAGCCAGUCCAAGAAGAAACUUUACUCGCCAGCUCAAAGAAGAGCUGCAUCUAAAGAAAACGAGGAAAAGGUGGCUAAAAGAAAGAAGAAAGAAAGAAGUGUGUGGCAUCCGCCAAAGAAGACGGAAGGCGUGCCCAUAAUAAAAGCUACGUUGGUUCAACCCACGGUGGUAGAAAGAAGCAAGGUACGAAUGUCAAUGUCAGGAUUUAGCGAGAGAGUACUAAUUGGGGACAUUAUUUUUACGUCUCCGACUGGAGACGGGACAACCAUUUUGCGUGUUCAUCCGAACCACGGGAAGGUGUAGCCGCUUGCAGUGCAAAGCGACUACCUUCGUUUCUCACAGUUAUGUUAAGACCCUGAGUAUUGGUCGGCUCCCGGCGGGGAUCGAACCCUCGACCUCCCGCUCUGCAGUCAAGCGCUCUACCGACUGAGCUAAUCCUGCCGCGGACCUUAGGGUUUAUCCUAGAAGCGCUUUCGUAAGGUUUGAAUAAGGGCGGAUAAAGGUUGGGCGAUGAAACAAGCGCUUCUGAACAAAAAGGUGUGAUGCAGUGGUCUGGGACUCUGCUUGGAAAUGUCGCCUGUUUUCGACUUCGGUAAGGGCUUGCGUAGUCUGCGUAGCAGGCGCUUGAAAGUAUUAAUGGGCGUAAGAAAGAACUGACGCGCGAGGGAGAUACGCGAGGGGAGAGAGAGCUACCUCUCCCCUCGCGUGUCUCCCUCGCACGCGCCCGUUCUAUCUUGCGGAAUCGGAAAUCUACAGAAAAAGCCAUGCUGCACGUACGCGCGUGGAGAGUUGCUGUUUUGCUUAUCUUAGAAAGAGAACACAAAUUAAACGAGGUCCUUGUUCCGCCUUCUCCUGCUGAGUGGAAGUGUGAAGUAAUAGUAAUAGCUAUACGAAGUUCCUCCAUUCACCUACAAGAAAAGUACGGUACAUUACAGCCUGCAAAUGUGUUUACGUGGCUCUGUUAGGGGAAUUCUUGUUAUAAGGGUGUUAUAAUUUUGAUAAGUACCUUUCCUUUUCUAAUACUGACUUCUCCAACACGAAGGCAGAGUUCUGUUGAAGUCUUGGAAGAAAAAUACGGGAUAUGAUUUUUUUUUGGCAAUUUUUUAUGAAAGAACUUGAUAAUUUACUUUACCUUUUUUUUGUAAGCUGCAAUCCUUUUCCUCGAUCCUUGCCAACCGAAAAUUAUUUUCUGAUUUGUUAGCUACUUAACUAAUGGCACUUUUUUCUAAUCAAAUAGCGGAUACCUCAGCUGAAUCUUGAGUUGCUAUAAAAUAGGAGAGCUGGCUGCGGGGUUGAAAAGCUGUUGCUUCAUUUGGCCAAAAAACAAACAAACAAACAAAAUAACAGCAACAACGCACCACGUGUGAAACCCGACAUGCUCGCUCCAACCCCAUACCAGUCCUCGUUUAUCAGUGGCUCUGACAACUUCGUAACUUGGUUUUUCUCAGGCAACAAGCAAACUGAGUUUUUAGUUCAUAUACUUUUAAAAAACUCUAAUCAAACCUGGAGCAUUUUCUGUUUAAAUGUUGUAGUUACAUCUUUAGUUUCCUUUUUCUUACUCAACGAGCGGUACACUGCGAGGGCGGGUGCCCUGUUUACUGAAGAAAAGUCACCUCGCCUCAUCAGACAAAGUGCGGAAAAUGCAGAGUAUUUUCCCCUUUUGUAUUGCAAUAAUUUCUUCUCAAAACUGGUCCACUUGAUCGCCCUUAAAUUAUUUUUUAAUGUAUAUUUUUGUUAGAUCUGUGCUUCUGGUAAAGCUUGACAGCGCGCAGGAUCUUCCUGCCAAAGAUGAUGACCUGCUACCAGAUGUUUUCGUUAAAACUCAGCUUAUUCCCAGCCGCCAACGAGUUUACAUCUAUUAA